AUGCAGGAGGUGAAAUGGAGGCAACUAGAUCCGGCGCCAACAAGUAAUAGUAGAAAGGGGGAAAUGCAAGCGUGGCUAACAGCAAAAGGCAUACCGUGGGAAGAAACUAUGGUCAAACCUGACCUGUACAAGUUAGUGAAAUUGUACAAGCCAUUUCACAAAACUUUUGCACUGGACAGAAUAGCACAGGAACACGGUCAUGUGAUAUUACGCUUACCCCCAUAUCACCCAGAUUUGAACCCUAUAGAAAAAAUUUGGGCUCUUCUGAAGGAUGAUGUUGCAGCAAAGAAUGUACAAUUCACAAUGAAAGAAGUCCAUAGACUAGCCACAGAAAAGCUUGCGACCAUCACUGUGGAGGAUUGGAAGAAGCGCUGCGAACGGGCAAAAAGAUUCGAGCAAUUCUACAGGGAGCAAGAUGUCAUUGUCGAUGAAUUGCAGGACCACUUCAUCAUCAACCUAGGCGAAGACUGA